AUGAUCCACAGGGUUGAAAAAUUGAUCCCAAAUCUCUCACAUAAAAAAAGGCAUGUGGUACAUAUCGCAGCCUUACAUCAAGCCUUGAAAUAUGGCCUCGAGCUUAAAAAAGUACACCGUGCUAUUCAGUUUGAGCAGUCGCCAUGGCUUAAGCCAUACAUUGAGAAGAAUACGGCUCCGAGAACUGCCGCUAAAAAUGAUUUUGAAAAAGAUUUAUACAAGCUCCUCAACAAUUCAGUAUUUGGGAAGACCAUGGAAAACAUACGCAAUCACCGCAACAUCAAGCUAGUCACGAACGAAGCCGCCUAUUCAAAACUCGUUAUGCAACCAAACUUUAAAGGCGGGAAAUACUUCAGCAAAAAUCUCAUGAGUAUGGAAAUGGGUAGAAUGGGUAUUAGGAUGAACAAACCGAUCUAUGUUGGAGCAGCAAUACUGGAUCGAUCGAAGAUGGUAAUGUACGAGUUCCACUAUGAUUACAUGCAGCCAAAAUAUUGUACCAAACAGCGUAUCUGUUACACUGAUACAGAUUCUUUUGUGUACCACAUAAGACCCGAGCAUUUCUACCGAGAAAUUUCCGAUGAUGUUCAGGAACACUUCGAUACCUCAGGAUAUUCAAAGGAUGAUAAUCGCCCACUCCCCAUCGGCAAAAAUAAAAAAGUGGUCGGAUUAAUGAAAGAUGAGCUCGGUGGCAAAAUUAUGACGCAUUUCAUAACCCUUAGGCCUAAGGCAUAUGCAUACAAAGCCUUAACUAAAGACGGCAGCGAUAGAAAGGCCAAGGGCGUGAAGAGGGCCGUGACCAAAAAAUGUAUCACCUUCGAAGAUUAUCAAUGA